UCUAAUUCAGUUCAUUUUCUUUGCUUUUCUCUCUUUGUAGUUUUUUUUUUUUUUCCUUGGGCACUCAUAGGAUCACAAUUAGUCGAAUAACCAUCAUUUUUUUUUUUUCUUCUCUUUUCUUUCUUUUUUUUUUUUUUUCGGUGGUUUUCAUUCACUCUCUAUGUAUUUCUGGUUGAUUUUAAUCGUGUUUUGUUCUUCAAGCUUUUAAUUUCCUCCUAUUGUUUCUGUAAUUCAGAGUUUGGCUUUUAGGGUUUGCUUUUUUGUUCUUUUUAGGGUUUUUUUGAAUUGGGCUUUUAGUUACAAAUCCUUAGUCGCUCUUCUAGUUUGUACAUUUUGUUUUCCUGCUUAUAAUAUAAAUUUUAAGAUCUAUUAGGGUUUCAUUUUUUUGAAUUUUGGGAAGGAAAAAAGAUUUUAGGUUUAGGAAUACUUUUUUAUGCAUUUGAAUGCCAAACAACCACUGAGGUUGGUUUAUCACAAAAAUUGGUAUCUUAUUUACUAGAAAGUAAAGAACAAUUUGAAUCUAAUCGGAUUAAAUCCUGUGAUAGCUCAGAAAUUGUAACAGUUGUUUCCGAAGUUGACAUUGAGGAGUCUGAAAACCAAAACCCAUAUCAGUACUCAAUCCCAAGGGGGGAUUUGUGCCGGCUAAUGAUGUCUUGUCCACUUAUGUUCGAUCCAUCACUGACCUCCCUCCAACAUUGGUUUCUGAAAUCCUUAAUUGCCUCGAGCCUAAAGAGCUUGGUAUGGUGUCCUGUGUCUCCUCAUCUCUCUAUAGGCUCGCUUCUGAACAUCAUGUUUGGAAGGAAUUUUAUUGUGAGAGAUGGGGACUCCCAUAGUCCCAAUGCCUCAAGGUUUAGGAUCAUCUUCAAAUGAGAGGUCAUGGAAGGGGUUUUUUGUGGAGAGGGAGUUUCGGAGCAAGAGAUGGGAUGAUUAACCAUGGAUGCCCUAUAUGGUCAUAAUGAUGCCGUUCGAAUGAUUUUUCUUCUUUCUUCUAAGAAGAUAAUAUUUACUUCGGGGGCACCACAAUGUUGCAGGAUAGUGUCUUGGCGCUUACAGAUCAUGAAUUUGUAUCUACUAGGGAAGUUUUAAAUGCAAUGAGAUUGAUCAACAAUGGAGUUGAACAGAGUGAUCCUCUCAUUAUUACUCAGGCUUGUUCACUGAGUCAGCUGCCCCUGGAUUCUUCCUCUGUGGAUAUUGUCGUAUCUAUCUGUAGAUCGUCUGAAUUUCCCAGUGUUCAGUUGCUAGAGGAAAUCUCAAGAGUGUUGAAACCUGGGGGAACAAUCCUACUUCAGCUGAUUUCUCAAGCUACAGAUCAGUUGGCUACAGGGAAAACGGCAACCUCUUCUCUUCAGCGAAGGUUACAGGUGGCUGGGUUCUUAGAUGUUGAGGAUGUUCAAAUGAAACCAGUUGUACCAUCUGAAGUUCAGUCUUUUGGGAUGAAAGCCAAUAAGGCUUCUUGGAAGAUUGGUUCAUCCUUCUCUAUCAAAAAGGCCACAAAAAUUUUACCCAAAUUAGUCAUUGACAAUGAAAUGGAUCUGAUUGACGAGGAUAGCCUGUUGACCGAGGAGGAUCUGAAGAAACCACAAAUGCCACUGGUUGGUGAUUGUGAAGUUGGAAGCACAAGGAAAGCUUGCAAAAAUUGCACUUGUGGAAGGGCCGAGGCAGAGGAGAAAGUGCAGAAGCUGGAACUGACUAUGGACCAGCUGGACAAUCCUCAAUCAGCAUGCGGCAGUUGUGGACUUGGCGAUGCGUUUCGAUGCAGUACAUGCCCUUACAAGGGUCUGCCACCAUUCAAACUGGGAGAGAAGGUUACUCUAUAUGGGAAUUUUCUCACAGCUGACAUUUAAGAUGGCAAAAAAGUGAAACUGAUAUAUCAUUGUGGCGUCUAUGUUUUUUGGGUCAGGAGGUGGUUGUCUUUGUUUUAAUGAUGCCUGUAGUUUAGGUUGUAUGAGAGGUGCUUCUUGCUCAAGUUCUGAAACGAUGACAAAUUCAAAUGGGCUGGUGCGUAUUGACAUAUUGAUGUUGAUGUUGAUGUUGAUGUCGAUGACCGUGGGUCUAGACUAACAAAUUUUGUUGAGAAUAUUUGUUUCAAACUUUUGACUAUAUUUUGUAUAAUUGAUGACCAUAAGCAAAAUCUACUCUAAAGUAGCACUAGAUGUGAUAUCAAAAGCGAUUUUAAAAUUACCAUUAAAAAUUGAAAAGGAAAUUACCAAUUGUAUA